AUGGCGCUUUCUGUCUCCAAUGCCGCUCCGUCUGGCACCCCGGACGCUGCUUCACGCGAAACGCCGUCCAUGGGAUCUCCACCGGCGGAUGCUUUGGCGCACAAUGUGGACAGUGCGGAAACGCAUACCAUUCACCCCCCUGAGAAAGACCCACACACGGAAGCGGCAGUGGCGACGCACGUCGCCGUCCCGGUGGCGGAGCCCGAGGCCCGGCGCGGCGGGGCACGAGAUCCCCCGGAGGAGAAGCCGCUUGGAGAGCGUUCUGCCUCUGAAGAUGGAAAGGCGGACUGUUUUUCCACUGGGGUUGUGCAGGACCGUACGACGUGGCAGGCGGACUCGCCUCCCAUCCACCUGUAUAGCGGGAUUGACUGUUCUCUGCUGGCUUCGUACUCCUGCUACAAUCACCUCGACGAAGUUGCUCACGCCUAUUCUCUCCUUUUUCAUCCGACAAAACCGCGGCUUUUCGCCGGAGGAAUCAGCGGCGUGCGCAUCUUCGACCUCGAGAGACCGGGGCGGCAAGUGAAGGACAUACUGUUUGCAACCCGACGGGCGAAGCAAGGUCAAAAGGGAAUCAUUUCCUGCAUGGAUUUCAAGCAAGUGGGACCAGGCGCGAACCAGUUGUUUGCAUGUGGUUCCUACAGUCCUUCUGUCUGUGUGUACACUGAAGAAGGCGGCGGUCGAAGAAGCGGCGUCCCGUACACGACUCCGACUCACUGUCUCCUUGACAAGGCUACCUCUUGGGGAGGCGUCACUCAGGUCAAAUUCGUCGGGGAGCAUCUGCUUGUCGCCGGCCACCGCCAAGACGGCACGAUGCGGUGCUGGGACCUCCGAAGGCCGAGCUCGCCGCUGUCUCGGCUGGCGAGAGAAACAACGCAGAGCAGCCAGAAGUUCGCUUUCGACACGUGUUCUUUCACAGACGAAGACGAAGGAGAAAUCACCGCCCUUGUCACAGACGGUUCCACGAUUUCACUGCGUCGACCUCCAGCAGUCCUUCGCUCUCGUCAGCCCCUUCAGAUGUGUCGGACGAUGAAACCAAAGAACUUCGUUGUGAAGACGCACCACUAA